AUGGGUAGCCUUGCACUCAAUGUCACCGACCUCUCCACAACUUCGCGUUCUACCAACCUCCCAGCGCCCAAUACGCCCAGUCCAAACUCAGCCCACCCCUCAGACUCCGUAGGUGUGCACAAGGAGGUUGGCUUUGAGAUCCUUGAACGCGCGCGCGCGUGCCAUCGCAAGCACGGCGAAGUGCCAUAUCCGCUCAGGUACAGCCACCAAAAUCUCAACUUUGAUGCCAUCGACCACUUCCUCUUCUCAGAUGUCGUCGGUGGUGUAUCAUUGCAAAAACUCGAUGUACCGCCGAGACGUGUGCUUGACCUUGGCUGUGGGGGAGGGAUGUGGAUCAUCGCUGCUGCUCAAGUCUGGACGGAUACGACAUUCGUCGGUUUUGACAUACACAGAACUCAACCUAAUUUGUGCCUAGCUAUGCAUAACGACCUUGCAAAACGCAUAGAGUGGGUGCAUGGCAACUUUCUUGAACUCCUUCCCUUCGCCGAUGCGGAUUUCGACUUGGUGCGCGUGCAAAGCAUUGGACUCGGUGUACCAGAAGACGAGUGGCAAAACGUAAUUGAUGAAAUUGUACGGGUGCUAAAACCCGGCGGAAGCUUAGAAAUCGUUGAAGAAGACAUUUUAUUCCCAUGUCCUGAGACACCAAUCACAAAAACACCCCGCGCAUCCCCGACUUUGCGGGGACGGAUGAAUCGCAGCCAUUCCCGCUCGACACAAGACACAAUAUAUACUGAGGAGGAAAAUGACGCUCUUUAUGAAGAGUUUUUCGAAACUGAGAAGUCACGCAGUGUGGAUACGAUCUCUGAUGCCCAACAUGAUCAGAGAGAUCACUCAAAAAUAAAAGAAGCGUUCAUGCAAAUGCUAAGCGCCCGAUUUAUCAAUCCGCAAGUCCUUAUCGUUCUUCCAUUUUAUCUACAAGCAGCGUUCCAAGAUGUGCAGUCCCUGCCCGUCAUGCGAUUGUUCUUACCUCCACCCAGUGGAGUUGUGUAUAGCCCCGACCGAUCGUCUGAUUCAGACUAUUCAUCCUCACAAUUAUCGCUUGACUCUUCGUCAUCAACACUCGUUGACUCGGCCUCAUCUUCGGCUGCUUCCUCCCCAGCAAUGAACCGUCGCUUCUUUGAUACGCCGACGAUCUCCCUAUCGCCGGAGCAAGAGGCUCUGAAGACGCGUCUGCACUUAUCGCGGACGAUAGAAAUGAUCCGCGCCUGCAAAGAGUCUAUUUGGGCGCAAUAUGAAGUAAUCCAUUCGCGUGAACGAAGGAUGCCUAAUACUCUUAUGGACCGAGAUGAUUUCGAAGCGCUUUUCCACAACUGGGAAUGUGAUAUGCAAGAUCGUUGCGGGAUGCGGGAGCUAAUUCAAUCCAGUCUAGGGUGGCCUAUCCCUGGCAUGCUACCUAAGCCAGCUUGGCGAGACUGGCGCGAAAAAGGAGAUACUGAAGACGUAGAGUCCUUCUACGCUUCUUCUCCACCAGAGCUUCUACGUUCGUUGCGAGGAUUUGUGUGCAAGAAGCCGGUGCACAUCAUUCGUAGCGAGCUACCAUUACCGGAAGUAAACCAUCAUUAA